AUGAGUGAACGCAAAAUGUUGAGUUUUUUUCGGAUAUGUCUAGUAUUGGCGAUAAUAAGCGCAGUGACGUCACAGACCGUUCGAAAUAUCACGGCGACAUUAACAAAGGUGCCAGUGGAAGGGUUAAUGAACUUCACUGAACUUGUCCAAAAAUAUGGGUAUGAAGUCGAAGAGCACGAUGUCAUCACUAGCGAUGGAUAUAUUCUGAAGCUAUUCAACAUACCAGGCGACAAAACUAGACCCGUGCUACUCUUACCCGGGAUAUUCGGAACUGCUGAUGACUACGUCAUAAGAGGAAACACUUCUUUGGCUAUCAUACUUGCAGCAUCGGGCUACGAUGUCUGGGCUAUAAAUGUGAGGGGAACGAGAUACACCAGGAAACACAUGACACUAAAUCCAGACGAUGAUUUCGCCUUCUGGGACUACAGCAUACACGAGUUUGGAUAUUAUGAUCUAUCCGCUAAUAUCGACUAUGUUUUGAAUGCGACAGGGCAGUCGAAGGUUAAUAUAGUCGGAUUUUCUCAAGGGACAACGAUGACACUUAUUUUGGGAGCGACCAGACCGGAAUACAACGAGAAAGUCAAUGUUUUCAUAGCCCUAGCACCGGUUUGUCAUCUGCAGAACACGAGAGGACCCAUCGCGUCAUUAAUCACAUUCGGUAACGUAAUAGACAAGGCUGUGAUGCCAUUUGAUCUCUACGAAAUUUCUGGUUAUAGCUCUCUCACAAAAGGAAUUAUGAAUAUGCUCUGCACACAAUUGCCGAUCAGCUACGAGCUGUGCAUGGGAGCAGUUUUAGCGCCAUUAAUCGGCACGAAAUCAGAUGAAAUGGACCCUGAUUUUUUUCCCAUCAUCAUGGCCCAUUUCCCGUCGGGCACGUCGUGGAAGAAUUUAGUGCAUUUCGCCCAGAUUGGCAGCAGGAGAUCUUUCAGUAAUUACGAUUACGGGACAACAAAGAAUUUGUACAAAUACAAAGCGUUUACACCACCCAAUUACGAUUUGAGAAAGGUUACAUUCGAUACAAUAUUAGUGUCGGGGAAGAACGAUAGAAUAUCGACGCUGAAGGACAUGGAGCUACUAAAACAAAACCUGGUCAAUGUGAAGGAUCACAUGAUCCUUGAGCCGGACUACUUCAACCAUUUAGACCACCUGUGGGGUCGUAACAGUUACGCGAUUUCCUAUCCAUACGUUUUAGAGACUUUGAAGAGAUACAAUAGUCAUUAA